CGGAUUGGUUGUUAUAGCUGUCAAUCACGCUCCUCUGUACACCUUACACGCUGGACGACAUUUUUCUGGUUUUUAUCGAGACAUCCUGGUUUUCUGGUUAGAUAUACGAGAUAAGGACACGAUUACGAAAUCUGAUAUUUUGCUGACGCGUUUACUUAUGUAUAUAUACAAAUACACGGUGUUUGCGCAUGCAUUCUGCAGGACCGAGAACAGAGGAGGAAGGCUGGAGUUGAGUUACAGAACAAGCGAACUCUAAAGCUAGCGGUGUAUGUAUAGUCUAUUCUGCAUGGAAAUGCAUUUAGAGACGCGCUAAACGCAUCGUUUCAUUUUCUUUAUACGGUGUUGUUUUAUAUCAGGUGCAUGUGCAGAAUACUGUAAAUCAGGCCUUGCUAGCGGUGUCAGAUGUAACGCUAAUUGUCUAAUAGGCUAUUAGUGCUUUUUUGCUAAUGGUAAUAGAUUUGUUUACAUGCCCAAUUUCGGGUUGGCUUUGUGUGUUUGUCAUUGUGUGUUUAAAAGAAAUCGGUAUCGCGUCGUUAAACUGAAGCUAACGCACGGCUGUUGCUCCACCAGAUUCACGCAUGCUAAGUUACUUUAGCGAGGUUAUAGCUAACAUACAGCCGAACGGUGCAUUCAGAAGUGUAUUUAUCACACGAGCAUGACGGCAGAGAUGACCGUAACCGAAUAAAAAUGCGUUAUCAAGUGCUGUAGGAUCAGCUCUCAUAGGCCACGUCGCCCGUGUGUGCCGUUGUGUUUGAUCUGCUGACAGUGGCGUCGCAUGAAUGCAAACAAGGAAAAGCUUGAAGUCGCCAACUGUGCGGAAGGGAUCCGGUGGAGUCGUCAAGUAGUUGUGUGACCAACUUCAGGACACUUCAAGGUUGCUGUAAGCCGAAUGGGGAAGAGCACAAAUCUUUCGAGAUAGAUAACUUAGUAGAGCAGUGGCCACAUCAAUCGUUUUUUUCUUCUUUAAGUUACGUGCGGCGCUCACACAAAGCGAGGGAUCGUAAUCUCUGUUCGAUUGCGCGAUGAUCGGCUUCGGCGCGAAUCGACGUGGAGGUCGCCUCCCGUCCUUCAUUCUGAUCGUGUUAUUGGUGAUAAUCGUCAUUCUGUCGUUUAACUACUGGAGUGUGUCCACUAAACACGGGCGGCUGCUGGACGAGGCGGCCGAGAUGCAGACGCAGGUGAAGCGCACGGACGCGGCGCGCUCGCGCCUGGAGAAGAGAAACUCCGAGCUGAUGAUGCAGGUGGACACGCACCGGAAACAGAUCGAUCAGAAGGACGGAGACUACAGCGUGCUGGAGAGCAAACUACAGGCCAGAGAUGCGCUGGUCAGAGUCUGCACCGAUGAAAAGAAUAAGCUGCAAAAUGAUGUCAGUGCCCAGAUGUCAGAGAUUCACAGACUGAAAGAGCAAGUAAAGGAAUUGAGGCAGGAGGUCAUCCGACAGGAAGACCAACUGAGGGAAGUGCGGAAAAACAGCACCAAUUUGGAAAAGAAGCUAGAGUAUGAGAGCUUGCAGUGUGGCCGACAAAUAGCUGAGCUGAAGGCAGAAUAUGAAGAGAGCAAGAAAAGAGUAGAAGAAGAGGCAGCAAAACUCAGACAGAGUUUAUUAGAGAAUCGUAAAGUGGACACAGGGGGUCGGAAGUUGGAGGCGGAUCUUGAUCAACCCAUCAAAAAAAAAGAGGAGGACACUGCAGAGCACCACACAGUGGCUGCAAGGCGAAAUGACGGCCCAGUUCUUAAAGAUGAUCUGGGUAAACCUGGUAGCGAUGCUGGCAUGCCUGGCAUUGAGGACAGUGAAGUAGGCAAGAUAGAAGAUGCACAGUUUGCCCUAAAGAAGCCAGCCAUCACGCCGCAGAAGCACAUGGAGCCCGCAGAAGCUGCAGCAUUGCUGAAGGAGGAGAGGGCAGGGUUCGGAGCUGGAGCUGGUGCCAGACCAGGGGAUGAUUUGGCCCGCGGGCAACCGUUGGACCGACCAGACAUGCCCCAUGAUGAAAACCUGCAUUUAGGGAACAACGAUGUACCUGUGCAGCAGCAGGUUCCAAAGCCGGUGGCAGACAAACCCUUGCUGUUUGACAAAGAUAAUAAGGCAGGCAUAAAGGCAGAUGAGUUUGGGGAGCAGCGUAGACAGCUGGGAGCUGAGGGUUUAAAGGCAGAGGGAGUUGGACUUCCUCCUCCUCCUAACCCGGCUCAGGUCCUUCCCAAACCCAUUGACCCACACAAUGGCAGAGAUCACGCGCCCGCUGACAUUCCACGUCACCGUCAGAGCCGUUUCUUUGAUGAAAAUGAGUCCCCUGUAGAUCCGCAACACGGCAAUAAGCUGGCGGACUAUAACGGGGAUGAUGGCAACGUGGGUGAGUAUGAGGCGGACAAGCAGGCCGAGCUGGCCUACAAUGAGGAAGAGGAUGGUGAUGGUGGGGAGGAAGACGUCCAAGACGAUGAAGAUCGGGAGGCUCCAGGUGAAAGGGCUGUGGAUUAUGGAAAGCGACAUCAAGCCAUUGAUGUCCUGUAGUUCAAUCCCUCACAAAUCCUUUAUGUUGAGUUUUGGAUGUUUCUGACAAUGAAGUAGCCAAGCCAGGAAAAGGAACUUUGGAUUUCACCUGCGAUUUUGGUAUAAUGAUUGGAGACAUUCAAACUAUUUCAGUGUCUUCAGAGAGGAACGAGUUUCAGAGGUUACAGCUGUGAAAUCAGUGACUGCAGAUGAGUGUUUUAUUCAACCUAAAUAUGACCGUGAUUUCAUAAUCUGCUGCAAAUGUUUGCUUGCACAUGACCUGAUUUGAGAGUAUUGUUUUAAUGGUGUUAAAAUGGUGUUGUUGUUUUUUUUUCCCCCAUCUGUAGCACAGGUGUAUCAGAAUUGGGAUUUGGAACUAUUAUUUUGUACAAAUGUCUUUUUUGUUUCUUUUUUUUCUUUUGGAUAAUAAAAUAACUUCUCCAGGGAUUGGAGGACACAACUGUGAAUAGAUAA